AUGGCUAUCGCACUCCAAGGGCGAUUAUCGUCUUUGAUCUACUCAGGCUUCCUCGACUUCAACGAGUCCUACCACGCCGGGUGGAACGAAGCAACGCGAUAUCCAGAGAAGUACUCCACUACGUACAUGCACCUGGACGCGUACUCUGUAAGAGCGGCCUCGGUGCGCACGGUGGAUGUGGAGCAACUCUUCGAGGCCAGCAAUACCUAUGGACCGCCAUUCGCAAAGCUUAGCGUCCGCAAAUUGGGAGAUAUCAAUGUCACAACGCCAUCAGUGGAGGUACGGUGCGCUAUUAGCACUUCAGACUUGAAUACGCCUCCUGGCAUUACGAUCUCUGAGAUAGACGACAGCUCGUCGCGGACACCAUUUGUUUCCGUUCAUCUUGAUGAAGUCAACAGCAUGAACUCUAGCGCUACGCGAUACAACAUAUCACUCCAACAAUCGCUCUUUCCGCUCACAUCCUGGACGCUACAGAGUACGGAUCACACAUGGCCAGGCGUGACUUUAGGCCCGUUCGAAAACGGUCUAUACACGAGCCCUUACCCUACCGAUCGUCUACUCUUGCAACGUCUCCACAGUGCGCUACAAACCACCAUGUCUGAGCUUGAAACGCUUUCCGCUCUAGCAUUCCCCGGAAUCGUGAAUAACACAAACCCCUCGCUUGAGCUAAUACCAUCCGCAUACCUUCGUUUCCUUGUCUCGCGUGCUCGGCGCAUGCGAACCCAACAACAAAACGCGGCUCAGUCCAUCGACGACGAUAUCCCGUACAUCGCGCGCCUUCUCGCCUUCUGGGCCCAGCACAUGCUCACUAUAGCUCACUAG